GAAAACACCAAGGAGUAGAGGAAGCAUUCGCACAAAAACUAGUAACGCAGCAUAGCUGCAGCCACCGCAGACCCUUCUCCUCCGUCUGAAUUCAGCUUCGCCGCCGCCGUCGAUCACCGCUCAUCAGACCACAGGAGUGUGUGUAGAAAUGGCUGAUGAGUCAGGAAAAGGAACUGAGAGUGUUGCUUCGAAUCUGAAUGAAGCUGAGAAGCCUACGAUUCAACCUCUGAGGUUGCCCACAGCUGAAGAAAUUCGCGGCCAAGAUAUUUGGAAUAACUGUGCUGUGCGCAGUGUUGUUAGUGGAGUCAUGGGAGGUGGACUUGGCUUCUUCAUGGGAUUGCUUCUUGGAGCAUUAGACAGGCCUCACGAAGAGAUGACUGGCAGGCAGGAGUUUAUAUAUCAAGCAAAGCAGAUGGGGCGUAGGAGCUGGGGUUCGGCCAAAGCGUUUGCUGUUAUGGGUUUUAUAUUCUCAGCUGCAGAGUGUGUUGUUGAGAAGGCACGAGCGAAACAUGACAUGACAAAUACUGUUGUUGCUGGGUGUGUUACUGGAGGUUCAAUAUCAGCAAAAGGUGGUCCAAAAGCAGCAUGUGCUGGUUGUGCUGGCUUUGCGGCAUUCUCAGUCGUUAUAGAGAAGUUCUUAGACAGACAUGAGUAGCUACCUAUUGAAUUGAAGUCACCCAAUUUUGCAUUCAUUAGGCAUAGCAUGGAUUUUAUCUUUUGCCCAUUUGCUAAAGGGCGCACACAAAAUUGUAAUAUUUUAUUUUACAUUGAUUAUUGCUUAUUUGUAUACACUAUCAAUUGGUGGAUGCAUUCCUCCAAUUCCAAACUAGAUGUAACAAAACAAUUUGGUAUUAAGCAAUUCAAAUAGUUCCUUUAGCCUA